CGUCUGGGGCCGACCUUUCCCCGGGAUUGGCGGUGUCCGGCGUCGGCGCGGCUCUGCUAGAUCAAAAGCAGGGGGAGAUGUCUCUGCGCUGCGGGGGUGCCGCCCGCACCCUGGGGCCCCGGGUAUUUGGAAAAUAUUUAUACAGCCCCAUCAGAACAUUAACUUCUUUGCCGGAUAAAAAAAAGGAAUUGUUACAGAAUGGACCAGACCUACAAGAAUUUGUAUCUGGUGAACUGGCAGACAAGAAUACCUGGGAUGAGUAUAAAGGAAACUUAAAACGCCAGAAAGGAGAAAGGUUAAGAUUACCUCCAUGGCUAAAGACAGAGAUCCCUAUUGGGAAAAAUUACAAUAAACUGAAAAAUACAUUGAGGAAUUUAAAUCUCCAUACAGUAUGUGAAGAAGCACGAUGUCCGAAUAUUGGAGAAUGUUGGGGGGGUGGAGAAUACGCCACUGCCACAGCCACAAUCAUGUUGAUGGGUGACACCUGCACAAGAGGUUGCAGAUUUUGUUCUGUUAAAACUGCGAGAAACCCACCUCCGCUGGAUGCUAAUGAGCCCUCUAGCACUGCAAAGGCAAUUGCAGAGUGGGGUCUGGAUUACGUUGUCCUGACAUCUGUGGAUCGAGAUGAUUUGCCUGAUGGUGGAGCGGAGCACAUUGCAAAGACUGUGUCAUGCUUAAAGGAAAGGAACCCAAAAAUUCUUGUGGAAUGCCUUACCCCAGAUUUCCGAGGGGAUCUUAAAGCAGUAGAAAAAGUUGCUCUAUCAGGAUUAGAUGUGUAUGCUCAUAAUGUAGAAACAGUUCCAGAAUUACAGAGGAAAGUUCGUGAUCCCCGGGCCAAUUUUGACCAGUCUCUACGUGUCCUGAGACAUGCCAAGGAGAUUCAGCCUGACGUUAUUUCCAAAACAUCGAUAAUGUUGGGUUUAGGCGAGAAUGAUGAGCAAAUAUAUACAACAAUGAAAGCUCUCCGUGAAGCUGAUGUAGACUGUUUAACUUUGGGACAAUAUAUGCAACCCACAAAGCGCCAUCUUAAGGUUGAAGAAUAUAUUACUCCUGAAAAGUUCAAGUACUGGGAGAAAGUAGGAAAUGAACUUGGAUUUCAUUAUACAGCAAGUGGACCUUUGGUGCGUUCUUCAUAUAAAGCAGGUGAAUUCUUCCUGAAAAAUCUAGUGGCUAAAAGAAAAACAAAAGCCCUUUAAAACAAGAUAGAGCCUUCAAGAUCACGGAAUUUUUUUUUUUUUAAUUUGCUUCCAAUUGGUACCAGAGGCUAUACCAGAAUACAUAGACUUCAUUGGGUGAAUGCCAACUUUUUUUUUGUUUUAAGAAAAAAGCCAGUAAGCUGUACAUUUUAAAUGAUGGUAAUUCAUUUUGAUUUUCAGCAUGCCUUCUUUGUCCUAAUAAAUAAUUGCUUACUAUGAUGUAA